AGUGCAGCCCCGUAUCAAGAUAUGGCGCUACGAUAGACUCCGAGGUAGAUGAGUACGUAUGGUAUGAGGUAUGAGGUGGUAGUCCGCCGUAGUCAUUCAGCAAUCGCCGGCGAUGGCAGACGGACGACGGACAAUCGCAUCGAGUGAAUCAACAAACACAAAAAUCGCAGGAGAGGAUGGUUCAUCAUCACCCCGAUACGCCAUCCUCGACUGCGACGGCGGAAGUGACGAUGCCUGGGCUCUGCUCCUUCUGCUCCAUGCCCAGAAGACGCACAACAUCCAGCUACUGGCGGUCACAACACUGGGAUGUGGAAACACCAACCGGGAGAAUGCCGCCCGCAAUAUGAGGCGCAUUCUCAUCGCCACCAAUCGCACAGAGAUCCCUAUUUAUUUGGGAGCCGUGGAUCCUCUUAUUCCAUCCCGCGAUGACGAAAAGAAGUACUUUCAUGGACGCGACGGUUUCGGCGAUUGCCUCCCCGACGACUGUGAGCCAGUGGAGUGCUUCGUGCAGCCCGAGCAUGCGGUGCCCGCCAUCCAUGCCCUGUGCCAGGCGAGACCCAAACAGAUUACCAUUUUUGCCGUGGGCCCAUUGACGAAUCUAGCCUUGGGCUAUACGAUGUACGGAGAACAGUUCGGGAACAACUUUCGAGAUAUCUUCAUCAUGGGCGGCAACUAUCAGGGCGUGGGCAACUCCUCCCGAGCCGCCGAGUUCAACUUCCACUCCGAUCCGGAGGCGGCACACACGGUGCUCCUUAAGAGUCGCUGUCCGAUCACCAUUCUGCCCUGGGAGCCCUGUCUCCCGGACAGAUUCAACAUUCCCAUAGAGUGGCGCCUCAAGGAAUUCGCCGAAAAAGCCAAGGAGGCCAAUCAUCCUGCCAUCACAAUGCUCAACCAGGUGGAGGCCGCCCAAUGGCUGCCCAUGAUCGAGCUGUACGGCAUCAAUACGUGGAAUCCGUGCGACUCCAUCGUGGUGGCUGUCUGGCUCUUCGAGGAGCGGAUCGUCCGGAAGCACAGCACCUGGCACGCAGACGUCGAUCUCCGAGGCACUCACACUCGCGGCCAAAUGGUACUCGAUCAUCUCCGGGAGCGGGAAAAGUAUCCGGAAAACGUUCGCAUUAUCGAACAGGUGGACGCCGAGUUCUUCAAGCGGAUCUGUGAGUGGGUGGCCGGUCUGGGUGACGCCACUAUAUUGGAGGGCACUCAAUAAAACCAUAUCUCUAGUAAUUUUCAAAUAUUA